AUGCAUCUAAAAAGUCUUGUGUACCUGAAGGAUUUGACUGAACUAAGGUUGCAAGGGAACAAGUUGAGUUCAGUACCAUGGACAGCAUUCCAAGAUACCUCAUCUUUAAAAAUACUGGAUCUAAAGCACAACAGGCUUGAUGUCCUUGCAGAACAUGCUGUCCGCUAUUUGCCUAGCCUGACCUAUUUAGACAUAUCUUCCAAUCAGCUUACAGUCAUCUCAAAGGAUGUUUUCUAUAAUUGGCCUGUGUACCAAAAAAAACAGCAGCUGGAGAAGAAGAUGGAAGAUUCCAAUGCAGUCUUGGCUUUCCAUGAUAACCCAUGGAUAUGUGACUGUCGCCUGCAAGGGUUUGUCCAGUUUAUCAAAUCUAUUAGCCCACCCAUCAUUCUGAUGAAUUUUUAUUUAACUUGUUCAAGUCCUAAAUUUAGAGCAGAGAAGUACUUUCAUGAAGUGGAGCUGAACAGCUGCAUGAAGCCAUCGGUAUCAUCCUGAGUCAAUGCCAUUGUAUUUGUUGGACUAAAUGCUACCUUGACCUGUCUGGUGCAGGCCAGUCCUUCUCCAGCAAUCUGGUGGACCUAUACACUAAAGCACCUCAGAGUAUUUAAUGUAUCCACCACCCAUAUCAGUGAAGAUGCAAUUAAGUCAGAAUUAGUGAUUCCUUCAGCCCACCUUGUGGAUGAAGGCAAUUAUACCUGCAUGGCUGCCAACUUCCAUGGCAACACCUCAGCCACUAUAAUGCUGAAUGUUCAAGCCCCCAGGAUGAUGGCCUCUUCCUUCUCUUCCUCAGUCUCAGAAGAGAAUUUAUACAUUGAUGUGAGGAUCGCCAAGCAGACAGUCUAUGGGAUCACUCUGGAGUGGUAUACCAUGACAGAGAAUCCAGGAGAAACCUGGUAUACCCUCCAUUUUGGGAAGCAUGAUGACUCCAAGAAAGACAUGAUCUACGUUGGCCCUGGUGUCAACAGCUACUCUGUCAAUGACUUGCUCCCUGCUACCAAGUAUGAAGUGUGUGUUACUUUGAGGAACCAGAUGCCUCAAAGGGGGCAAUGCAUUGUGUUUGUUACAGGAAGUGACAUCAGUGAACUGGCGCAGCGGGAGAAGCUCAUCCAUGUCAUCAUCAUUGUGUGUGCCAUGGUUCUGGCUGUCCCUGCUGGGAUGUAUGCAUGUACCACAGAGACCAGAUUUAAUUGCAUGGAGAAAUGUGCUGACCUCUGCCACCCAAACAGGAAAGGGCAAAAUCUUAAGAGGAGCAAUAAAAAGAGCACGUUUGACAGCUUGCCAAUGGGUAGCGAAGAGGGCCUGUGCCACCGAGACUCCAGUGAUGAGAAGAAAAAGCUGAAGGCUUGCAAGGGUAAGGGGAAGGCCAACAAGCAGAAACCUGAGCGCAGAAAUAGUGCUGAUCUCUAUUAG